UUGGGUCCUUGGUCAACGUGGGAGACGCGAAAAUGUGAAGUUGUUUUGGGUCGUGUCUGGAAUUAGUUUCACCGGGACAUGGUGGUCAGUGUGUUUAAUAUAAAACACAGUCUGUGAGGGGGUCGGAGUCAGUCUUACCAUGAUGCCAGGAGACAGUCAGUCCAGGACGGUAGCCAUUGCCGCGGACGCGACGGUUGGAGACUGUCAGAAGUGCUCUGUUUUGCACCAGAGCCUGAACGAAUAUGUGUCGUCAUUUCUGGCGCUGAAACAGAAGAUAACGGUUUCUGGUGACUCAAUCAGGCUUCAACAGCAGCUGGAAGAGCUCCAAUUCAGACUGGUUACUCUGGAGAAAAAGACAGCCGAUUAUGAAUCUGUGCAAGCUGAACUGGAAGAAAAGAAGGGUGCUUUGAAAGCCUAUGGACAGAUGUCUGAAGAGAUGGAGAAACUGAAGCAAGAAAACAGCAAGACACUGUCAGAGAAUAAGAAGCUUGAAGACCAGCUGAAGGAUGUGAAAGAACUUACGGAAACACAAACACUUGAAAAUGCACAGCUGAAGAGGGAAAAGACAGUGGUAGAAAAUAAUCUGCUGGAAACACAGACAUCGUUGAAGAAAUCUCAGGCACAAGCAGAUCAAGUCGAAAAAUUGAUAGAGGAGAACAACGCCAAGACAACAAGCAUAAAGGAUAACCUUGAAAAUAAAGUGAGACUUCUCGAAGAUGAAGUUUGCAAACAAAAUCAUCAAAUAUCCCAACUGACCAAAGAGAAGAUCCUGCUAGACAGAAAUAUUCAUGAUCUCCAGAUGAGAUUGAUGAAACUGGAAAGAGAAAGGAAUAAAGAAUAUAGGAGCACAUCAACUCAAGCUAGUGUACCGGAGGAGCCUAAAGUUGACAAAGAAAAGGUCCGGAUGCUGCUAGAAAAUUUGUGGUCAUGUGUAGAACUCCCGCAGCAGCACACUGCAAAUCUGUUGCACUUACCUGAGUCAAGUUCCAAGCAAGUUCUGACCUCCUCACCACAAAACAGACUGCACUCUCAUCCGAGUGACACACCUCUUGUUUCCCGCAAGAUCCAUGGAUCCCACAGUUACCCCAUGCAGACAAAAGCCACUUACACACAAUUAAAACUUUCUCCUAUUCGGCGGAAAGCCAUCAAGUAUCAAGAACGUUUGCAGUCAGCAAGUGCCAAGGAGGGAACUCCCAAAAAGAGCAAGCGAUUGUCCAAGGAACACAAAACUGAAGAGUCAUCUACGGACUUGGGCAGCUCUGAAGUACCUGUUGAGGAGAUAAUGGCAUUGUUCAAACCAAUGCCUCCCUGUAUAUCACCACUGCCAGCUUUGGACACAUCGAUGGAAUCUAUGGAGACAGAUGAUGGAGAAAAGGAAAACCAUCCCAAGUCCUCGGCUGACUCGGUUCCUCUUCAGCAAGAGUCCUUACUCAUCACAACAUCAGUGUCAAGCCACUGUCCAAAACCUUCUGUAGUACCAACAGAGGAGACUGUGGACUUGCCUGUGGUCACAACACAGGAAGUGGAACACAUUUCCAACAAAACAAACUCCAAAGACUUGGAACAUAGUGAGUUGAGUAGCAUUACUGAAAUGAAGGACCAAAACUCUACAGAUGGUGAAGAAAUGCAUCUUGACAAAGACAUCGAGCAGGAGCCAACUGUACAUUCAUUAUCAUCAUCUUUUUCUUCCGCAUCAGACAUAACCAUUUUGGUUGAGGUUGUGUCAUUAACUGCUGAAAGUCAAGAGCCAUCCUGCAGCGUUAACCCCAACAGCAUCUGUGAUACUGGAAUUGCUUCAGGAAUGGCGAAGGAAAAUCACUCAGAGACUGUUACAAAGAUCGACGUGGACACAAGCCCUUGUGAUACUGGUGACAAUACAGUUACUCCUGAUGGUGGAGAGUCACCCAGAAGAAGUGAUACAGCUGUAAACUCUGAGGAAGCAGGAGAUAUGGAGAUAGUUCCUUCCUCUGCUACUUCCUCAACAUUUGUUGACUCUGUGAGAAACACUGAUAUUACAAAUACAGAAAAUGGUUCAGAAGUGAGAAAAAGUCAAGAUGCCGCAGUCUUUGAGCCCCUGGAGAAUCAGGGGUGCCUUGGCGAGGACACAGACAUGCCAGAAGAGAGUCCCUGUUUGACAAACAGCAGUAACAGCAUAAGCUGUGUCUCAAAUGAAAAUGUUGAAGAGAGGCCUGAAAAUGAUGCAUCUAUAAAAGGUCUUGGGGAGGAAAAUGUAAAUGAAGCACAAAGAACUGAAGGAAUUGAUGUAACGCCCUCUCCGUCAAAGGAUGCUGACAGAACUCCUUCUUCACUGUUGAAGAUGGAAGAUGACGAGUUCCAUGCUGACCGGGAAUCUGGUCAAGAAAAUGUUGUAACUCCUUCAAAAAAGGAUUCUGACAUAGAGCCACUGAGCAGUGAAAUAUUACCAGACUGUGGGCCUUCCCCCUCUGACUCCCAAGAGACACAGACUGUUAACUGUGAGUCAUCGAAAGAAAAUACACAUUCUCUCUGCAGGACGUUGAGUCCUUCGGAAACUCACCCAAAUCCAGAAAAAUGUAAUGUCAGUGAUAGCAGUGAACUCAUUUCAACAAACGAAAUACCUCUACUGCCUGUACCCAAUCUGGGGCAAGAAGGUGUCACUGAAAAGGCUCCUGUCCAGGACUUGCCUGAUAAAAGCACAGAUGCAAGUAACCAUAAAUUGAGCAAAUGUAUGUUGGGCACUGCUAGUCCUACUACCUCAUCAAAGAAGACUGCUGUUGCCACAAAUGGACAUAAGUGUACAAACGUGCUUGAAAAAGAGAGCCCACAUAUGGUCAGAGAGGAGGAACCUAGCCUAGAGGCAGGUUUAACAACAGCUCAACCACCAGAAUCCUUAGGCCAAGUUCGCUCUGAAAUGGGCCCUCCACUUCCUAGUCUCCUAACCCCUCUGAGCACGCCUACAAAGGUGGGCAAAUCUAUCAAUCCAAGGCAGGCUAUUGAGAGGCUGUCAUUUCCCUCUCCCAUGGAUCGAUUGGCUUCGCCUACCACUCCCGUCCAGGCCCAGUUGAUGCCCAACGGUCACCGGCUGAGUUCGUCAUCUCUGAACAGCCCUCUCCCUCCAAACGGAGUCCCCUCAUCACCACUUCAGUUCGGCUGUGCCACUCCGAAGCACGCUGUGCCGGUCCCAGGUCGCCUCCCCUUGUCAGCAAUGAAUUCUUCCCCGUCGUCUUCCUCCAGUCCAUCUCAGGAAAACUCCAUGAGGAUUCUGGACACCAUGUACCCAGAGCUCUCUGCCCACGCCCGGACUCUGAGCAUCCUCAGGGGGAAUGUCAGCCUCAGCAUUUACUCAUCAGAGAGUGGAACAUUACCCACAACGGCAGUCAGUCAGAUGUCUGGCUUCAAAACUAUUAAUUCCACUUCAACGGCCUUCACCAAGACAGAGAUGAGAGGAGAAAAAAGACAGUCAAUCAGUCUGCCUCAGCCUAGAAACCGCAAAUGCCUCAGGCUGGAUAAUGUCUCUCCUACUAUCAGUCACAAGCAUAUGCCUUCAUCUCCAUCAAACAGUGGAGAGCAGACCACCUCACCCCAGACUCUGAGGCUCAAACACCUCACAAAUGAGGCAGCCUCCCCGUCCCUGGAUGGUGGAGAACCUGCUGAUCAAAAUCUAAUAGUUACCUACUUAAAGAAAAUAGAAAACCAGUGUUUUGAUCUGUUGCCUGUGAUUCAGAGCCACCUGUAUGUUGGUAACCUGCCCCAGAAGCCCGUCUUGAGAGACGAGGAGAAGGAGGUUAUUUCUGAGAUCUUCCAAAGCCGCUUGUUUAAGGCAGAUGAUAUGAUUUUGGCCAUCCUGAACAAACUGAAAGCAGAGAAAAAAGACCUCAGUGGAAACUACAUGCAGGCCCUCUGCAGAGUCUACACGGGGGUCUGUAGACAGAAGAGAGACUGGGAGAAGGCUCACAUCCUGGCCUACAGCAUUCUCACAGAAGACUUCCCAGACUCUGCUAAGCUGAUUUUGUUCAUGGUGACAACAUGGCCCAAUGUUCUCUCUCACAGUAGUUCUCUGUGCCAGGCAAUACACGCUGUCACCAAACUGAAAGCACAAGAAAACCUCCUCAGCUGCCUUUCAGCAUUCCUUGGUUGGGAGAAGAGUCCUCCCUGUGACAUUGACAAGCUGAUCACCAGAACACUGUCCGACAUUCGGUCCGGGUUAAACCUGUCUUUCACUAAACACAGCCGGCACGGGGACGACCUGGGGGCUGAGGCUUGGGAACAUGUCUUCACACUGCACCUCCUUUGUACACACAAGAAGUGGAAGUGGACCUAUGAAAAUGUAUUGGGCAAGGAGUUGUGGCCAUUAAUGAACACUUGGGUGACACAGCCCAGAGAUCAACAAGCACCCGUCUCAGAUGUGACCGUGGCCACUGUGCUCCGACUCAUAGGACGCCUCGGUCAACUGGGAAUCAAAGAGAGGUGUGCUUCCUCUGUGGUAACUGUCGCCAACGUCAUCAACACGUUUGGUAGGCAUGGACAUACUGAAGGUGUGCCAUGGGAGGUGCAGUUAGCAGCCAUCUACUGCAUGUACGAACUGUCUCCCUGUAAUCCCAAACAAGCCCUGGAUGCCCUGGCAGGAUGGAGAGGAGAAACUUCUCAGGGCGUCCCUCCCGCUGUUACCAGCUGCAUUAACCAGUUAGCCUCUGUCUGCAGACAGGUCAAGAGCUGAUAGAGACGCACAUGUUGUACAAAUCCACAAUGACAUAUGCAUGUCGCUCUGCACCUAUUUUAAAGAUUCAGGGUGUCUGGAAGUCCACUAUAAACUUUGCUUAGUUUUUAUGUGGACUUCUACUUUAAAAUACACGUCUAAUUUAGUUGCUAAUGUUUCCUUUUUAUGUUCGAGACACGGUUUUUAACUGUAACACCCUGUCAUAAAUGUACUGGCAUAACUCCCUGCUUUUUUUUGUUGCUAUCCUCAGGUAAUGCUAUACAUGUACAUGUGUGUUCUGCUGGUGCUGCUGUAAGUGUUUGUAAAUAUGAGGUAUCUGUUUGUAUUGAUGAAAAUAGUUUAAAGUCUCAGAGGUUAUUUAAUUUUUUCAAAUUAAAAAAUGUAGUCAAAUGA